AUGGGCGCAUCGAUUAUAAACCUAUCACUAAUCAACGGAACUUCAUUAUACUGUUGCGGCACACCUAUCUACAACGGUUCGGAUAUUGUCUGUCCAUACGGAAACGCUUUCCGCCUAGACGACGCGAAAAUCAUCCUCGGGCGCGCCGCACUUGCCAAUGUCACAUCGGACUCAUCUUCAAAUUCUACAAAUUCAACUGCGGUUAUUUCUUCCAACUCUUCAACCACAUCUUCCUCGGCAUCUAGCUCGCACGACGUCGCGAUUGGAGCGGGAGUCGGCGUCCCCCUAGGAGUGAUUGCGAUUGGCACUCUGCUCUGGGCUCUCUGGGAGAGAAGACGGGCUAACAGGCUGAGUCGGUCUCUGAGACCUGAGGUUGCUAAUGAGGUUUAUGGUAGUAGCCCUUCGGCUAUCAUAACUAAUAGGUCUGCGCCAACGGAAUUGGAUCCUCAGCGGCCAAUACCUGAAUUGAUGGCAAGAGAUUGA